AAAAGAGCUACCGCUAUCUCACCACCCAGGCGAGCUACCCAAACCAUGAUUCCAAGGCGGUCCUCGAUGCCUUUGAUCCCACCAAGGACCUUCAGUUGCAAGAUCUAAACAGCCUUGUCGAAAAGGGUGUACAAGGAGGCUGGUACACGGGAUGGCCCAAGGAACAGGUGAACAGCUUUAAUUGUUGGCAUUCGUCCAAUGAUUAG